GACAAUUGGUUUCAAACUUUCAAUUACUGAGCAGUCAUUCGUGUAAUGAAAUAUGAAUAAUAAAUUGCCAUUUUCUCUGCAGAUGCCAACCAGCAUUGUACUCAAUAUGAGUUACAGAUUGCUUUUUAUAUUAUAUUGCAUCAAUUUGUCAGCAGCUAAGCCGACCCAACAUUUACUAAAUGAAGGUAUAGAGCAGGCAAAGGAUAUAGCAUCAAUGCUUUUAUCAAAGCACUUUGUAGCGAAAGACUCCGACUUGCCUAAAACAGCUUUGGUCGCUCAAGGUUCAGACGACGAUACCACAAUGUUGAUUUCAAAAUUAGGUGAAUCAGAAUUAAUUUCAUUGCUUCAAAAAAAACAAAAGCAAGAUAAUUUUGAUGUGACAGAUAUCAAAACCAUUGGAAAAAGUAUAAAUAAGGAAAAAAAACGAAAGAAUAGAAAAGAAAAUUCUCUGCAUGUUCCUUAUCAAGGCUCAGAUCGUGGAUCAGCUUUCUUUAGAAUAGAUGAUAAGGAAGUUGAACCCUACAACGUUAAAGUUGGCGCUGACCCUAAUUACCUGGCGCAUCAAAAAAUCCAAAAUUUGUUGCAUAUUGGUGCGGUACAAAAUCUCGUUGAUUUAAGUGGCGAGGAAACUGAAGAAAACAAAGAAAUCUUGUUCGAUAUAUUAACAGCACAAUUAAAAAAGUUAUGCUGUAAGUCUAGUAAACCUAAAAAAAUAAAAGAGAAAAAAGUGAACUUACCAUCAUAUGAGCCUUUAUUAAGUAUCACUAAUUCACAUGAUAACAAUCAGUCAGCAGACCCAUUGCAGUAUGAACAAAUGUUCCUCAUUAUUAACGAUGAAAUUCCAAAUGACCAAGGCUCAGGUAUUAUGUAUGUAGACCCUGACAGUCUUAGUCAAAACAGUAGUGUUGUUUUACUAGGACCUAUUACGACGCCACUGAAUGAUCCUCAACUUAAUAUUGUGAUGAACCGCAUUACAUUGGAAUUGUCAAAACCAGAAUAUAGUCCACUUCUGCAAGAACUAUCUGAGGGUACAUAUAACAAAGAUAACACUCGUUUGAAUAAGAGUUUGGUCACUGGAUCAAAUACUCGAAGAUAUAUCAAACCUCACAGGUGUAAUCAACGAUAUCCACUUUCUCAAGGUCCAAAGUGGUUAGUUUGUACAGGAUAUUUGAAUUUAAACACCCCGAGUUUAUACGAUUAAAUGAUGAAAGUUG